AUGGACUCUUCAAAGUAUCAACCAGAGUCCGGGAGCAGAACCCGUGUUAUUGUUGGAUUGGACUUUGGGACGACCUAUUCCGGGAUUUCGUAUGCGGUAUUGCCGCAAGAUGCGAAGCGACCGAAAUCCUUCUUGUGGCGAGUUGACGGCAUGCGCCAGGAUAAAACCCCGACCCAAAUCGAGGUUUCUGGUACCAUUAUAGAAUGGUUCAAGCUUAGCCUCCUACAUCGUGAUGAUCUAGAGAAGGAGAUACUGGGUUCAGGGAAGUUUGCUAAAUCAAACAGUGACCGAGAGAAGAUGCAUAUCACGGCCAAAGAUGCGACGGCGGAGUGCCUCCGCAACAUCUGGCAAGGGUUUCUCGACGAGCUUCAAGCCAUGGUACCCAACCCCCAUAUUCAGAUCACUAUCACUGUGCCCGUGCUUUGGCCCGACUAUGCUCGUAAAGCGAUCAAAGAAGCCCUAUACAGAGCAGAUAUCCUCAACAACAACAACGUGGAGCUAGCUCCCAAGUUCGUUGCAGAACCAGAGGCUGCGGCUCUGGCCAUCUUUUCAGCGGCCUACCAUCUAGGAGACACACCGUUCUCCAAGGUUCAACCUGGACAGGCUGUAAUCGUCUGCGAUUGUGGCGGCGGUACCACUGACACGGCCGCCUACGAAAUAAGCACCAUUCAGCCAUUCCGUGUCAAAGAGGUCCUUCCAGGACAACGUAUCCUUGCUGGAGCUUGCAUUUUGGACGAUGGCCUCAUGAAACUUCUCAAGGAAAAGGUUGCGCAGGUGACCUCCCCUAAGGUGUUCCACAACCUAAAAGAUGAGGACUUUGCCUAUAUAGUCUACAAUCACUGGGAUACCGACAUCAAGAUGUCCUUUGGAGACAACUUCCCAACCAAGCGCAUUCCGCUGCCUUUUCAUUGGGUUGGGACUCAGCAAAGAAGAAAGCCCGUCGGGCAAAGUGUCCACAUUGAAUUCAACCAUGACGAAAUUGCUUCCAUCUUCAACCCCAUCGUGGAAAAGAUUACAACCCUGAUCGAGACGGAGAUGCGAAGCGCAUCCACCUACCUCUCGAAGGACGUGUCGUACCUUAUCAUGGCUGGAGGCUUCAGCCAGAAUCGCUACCUGCGACACCAAAUUUCACAGAACAUGAGCAGAGUGUCUCCAAACACCAGCAUACUUGACUAUCCAAACGGACAAGGUUGGAAUGCAGUGUCCCAGGGAGCCGUUAUCCACGCCCUUCAAGCGCACACGAACCAGAAACCCGUCAUGGUAACCUCCAGAAUCGUGCGAGCUAACUGGGGAGUUCGGGAAAGUCAAGGGCGCUCAAUCUUUUGGCUCAUCAUCACUAAUGAAUCCCUCGCCGCGAGUGCCCCUAAUCUGCGAACUGUGCCGGCCGAAGCUCUGUCAGUAGAGGAUCCCGCCAGCCCCGACAUUUUCAGCAUUCGGGUCUACUGUGGACAGCUGCAGAACGAAGAUACACGCAUUCGAGAAGUUUGUAAACUCAGCUGGAAGACCCUUGAUGUUGGAUCAAGCCCCGACAUGAAACCUGUCCUUAAGGCGCCACUACAGAUCGAAUUCAUAUGGGAUGGGGCAGAGAUGGAAUUCUCUCUGUACUAUGGUGGCAUCAAACAGAACUCGAUGGAGAUUGUCCAUGAUUGGAAUGUCUAA